AUGGACGAAUUAAAGAGAAAGAUUCUUUUAAUUCGUUAUAUUGCUCCGAUUAUGAUAAAACACGAAAAGAUAAGAAAGACAUUUAGAGAUUAUUUGAGAAUUGUAGUAUUUGGUGAUGAAGCAGUGGGAAAGUCCAGUAUAAUUCUACGUUUCAUAGAAGGUGAAUUUAAAGAAUGGGAUCCAACUGUUGAGGAUUUUCAUUUGAAAUCUGUAAAAUUUGGAAAUUCAACAACUAAUCUCGAUAUUCUUGGUGUGGCUGGCCAAAUGGAACACAACUCACACAGCAUUAGAAAUGGAUAUCUGAGUCAAUGUGAUUGUUAUCUGGGUGUCUGCUCAGCAACCAUCAAAAAUUCAAUGAAUUAUAUAGAAGAAAACAUUCAAGAUUUAAAUAAUUCUAAGGAUGGGCCCUACACACCAAUCAUUGUUGUGUUAAAUAAGAUGGAUCUUAUUGAGAAUGAUAUCAAUGACAGUUCAGAUCGGAAAUGA